AACGGGUUGGAUUCCUAAAUAGGAGGAGAGGACAUAGCCAAGUUGGAAAUUGUUGGAUCUGAGUGUUUUGGCAAUUUGGCGACUUGGGUUUGAAUCAAAUUCAUUAGCAGCUGUUUGUUGUUGUUAUUCUCAUUCCCUUAUUCUUCUUCUUCUUCACCACAAUUCCUGCAAGUGUGUUGUUUUGUUUUGUUUUGCUUUGUUUUGAGAGAGAGAGAGAGCAUAUGCGGCGAGUCUCAUGAUAAAUGUCAUGAAGAAACUGCCUUGCUAUUCUUCUGCCAAUCUCAGCCGCUUCAUUGCUGGCCUUCUCAUCUUCCUUCUUUAUAAUUCUUACCAGUUAGUCGCCAAGAUUCCUAUACACCCUUUUUCUUAGACCCAUUUCAAUUCCAAUCCAUUUUACAAUCCAAUCAAAACCCAAUUCUUUUUCAACUGUUUCCUUUUAAUCCUUUCGUUUUACCGAAUUCCCAAUGGACCCCAAAGAUCCGUUCUUUACUGAUUUGAUUGAGGGCUCGGUCUCGACUUCUCACAUUGAGAGGCAACACAAUGCGUCAUCAUGGCCCUCUGUUAUUGUUGUUGGCGGUGGUAUUUCAGGUGUUGCAGCUGCUCGUGUUCUCCAUGACGCAUCUUUUAAGGUGACAUUGCUCGAAUCACGCGAUAGGCUCGGUGGCCGGAUUCAUACUGAUUACUCGUUUGGUUGUCCCGUUGAUAUGGGAGCCUCAUGGCUACAUGGAGUUUGCAAUGAGAAUCCCUUGGCUCCACUUAUACGCCGUCUAGGACUCACCUUGUAUCGCACUAGCGGCGACAACUCUGUGUUGUAUGAUCAUGAUUUGGAAAGCUUUGCGCUUUUCUAUAUGGACGGAAAACAAGUUCCUCAGCAGAUGGUCGUUGAAAUUGGUGAUGUAUUCAAGAGAAUUCUCAGCGAGACAGAGAAAGUAAGGAAUGAAAAUACUGAUGACAUGUCUGUUCAGCAAGCAAUAUCAAUUGUGUUGGAUAGGCAUCCAGAGCUAAGACAAGAUGAACUUGCCCAACAGGUGUUACAAUGGUACACGUGCAGAAUGGAAGCAUGGUUUGCUGCAGAUGCAGAUAUGAUAUCUUUGAAAAACUGGGAUCAGGAGCACGUUCUUACUGGUGGUCAUGGACUUAUGGUGGAAGGUUUUGAUCCCAUAAUAAAGACUCUUGCAAAAGAUAUCGAUGUGCGGUUGAGUCACAGGGUCACAAAGAUAUCAAAUGGUUGUAAUAAGGUGAUGGUCACAAUUGAAGAUGGCAGAAAUUUCAUCGGGGAUGCUGUCAUCAUCACUGUACCUCUUGGGGUUCUCAAAGCCAAGUUGAUCGAGUUUGAACCUACUUUACCUGAGUGGAAAAUGUCUGCUAUUUCUGAUCUUGGGGUAGGCAAUGAAAAUAAAAUUGCCUUACGAUUUGAUAAAGUUUUCUGGCCGAAUGUAGAGCUCUUGGGAGUUGUUGCACCUUCUUCGUAUGGAUGUGCUUAUUUUCUUAAUCUUCACAAGACAACAGGGCAACCAGUCCUUGUCUAUAUGUGUGCUGGAAGGUUUGCAUAUGACCUUGAAAAAGAAAAUGAUGUCGAUGUUGUGAAAUAUGUGACAAAGCAACUCAAGAAGAUGUUACCGGAAGCAACUGAUCCAGUUCAAUAUCUUGUAUCACAUUGGGGAACAGACCUGAAUUCCCUUGGAUGUUACUCUUUGGAUUUGGUUGGAAAGCCUGCAGACAUAUAUGAGAGGCUUCGAGCACCCUUGGGUAAUCUUUUCUUUGGAGGGGAAGCUGUUAGCAUGGACCAUCAAGGAUCUGUACAUGGGGCUUAUGCAGCAGGAGUAAUGGCAGCUGAAAACUGUCAGAAUCAUCUCUUGGAGAAACUUGGUAGAUUAGAAAAGCUGCAGCGGGCUUAUGCCAGCGAGGAAGUGCCCGAAGCAAUAAUUCCAUUGCAAAUCUCAAGGAUUUAAGUCCUUUUUGAUAACCUGAGCACAGAGAAAUAGGCAUUGUCAUUCGAAUCUCCUAUCCCUCUCCCUUGUUUCUACUCCUCAUCAGUUUCACGAUGUUUAGACUUGUUCUAAGUUUAGAAUUGUUAUCACCCUUGUUGAACAUGAAAAAAAAGUGUUCUCAAUCACUAACUAUGCACCUUUAUUUGCAUCAAAGAUGCAGUGUACCCUCAGGCUUAAGUUGUCAGCCAAUUUCUUUAUAUCUUUUCGGCACAGUAUUGGUGGCAUUUCCUCUGAUGCCUUUUUAUUAUUACUAUUAUUAUUAUUAAU